AUGAACUUUAUCAAAAAUACUCCUUACGCCAUUUUAGUAUUGACUGGAAUUUUUGGAUUGGGAUAUCUAAUAAAUGAUUAUAAGAAGUGUUAGAAAGAAAUAAUUUAGUAUGAAGCUGAUCUAAUUAAAUUUUAAAUGAUUAAAAUCUAAAAAAGGAUGAUCAAGAAAUUUUUUUUUUAUAAAAAGAGGGGACAGUUAAUUAAAAAAUAAAUUCUAAUAUAUAAGCUAUAAGAUCAACAUACUGUAUAUGCAUAACAGGAUGACCAGGCAGUGGUAGAAUAAGUGUAGUAACAUUUUUAUAAGAAAGACUUAAAGAUUUUUAGUAUAAUGUAAUUGAAAUGCCACCACUUGAUGAUUACAUUUUUGGUUAAGAUUAAGAAAUAAUAUAAAAAUUAACAAAACAGGAAAGAAAUCAAUUUAUAAUAAAGAAAGUUAUUUUAAUGCAAAAUUUACUUGAUUAUUCAAAAAGAAUUAACAAACCAUGUAAAAGAUAAAGAUUCGAUAAUUCUCUGUUAAGGUGGAAUAUUAGAUAUUUUGCCUUAUUAAGAUGAAAUUGAUUAAUUUUUUUUAAGAACUUUAGGAAAAAUUUAAACCAUUGGCUACAAUAAGAGAUAAAAACUACGAUGCAGUUAUACAUUUGGUUACCAAUGCUGAACAACUUCAAUAAAACUUUUAUAAUAACAAUUAUUUCAUCAAUAAAGAUUUAGAAAUAAAAAAAGCUAUAGAAACUGAUAAAUUAAUAUAAAAAAUUUGGAUUGGCCAUCCAAAUCAUUUCUUAAUUGAAAAUCGUGGAUGAGUAUUUGAAAAAAAAAUUUAAAUAAUUUAUAAGACUGUUUAAAAAAUAAUAGGAAUGGAACAAACAAAUAUUCGUUGGGUUAAAUAUUCAUUAAAAUCAAGUAUAAAGUUUAUAAAUUAUAAGUAUCCUUCCCAAAUAAUUUGUAUUUUAAUAAAAUCAAAAUAACAGAUAUUUUUUUAAUUGAUAAUAAUACAGAAGAUCAAAUAACCAGAGUUAGAAUAAGAUAAGUUGAAGAUGGAAUAAAAUAAUAUUACUUAAUAACGACUAGAAAAUCUGAAAACAAACAGAAUGUUUAACUUGUAAAAAGGAUUAUUUCUUUUUCUUAGUUUUAUCAUAUGGUUAAUAAAGCUUAGAAUUAAAUUAAAAUUUUAAAAAGAGAAAGAUUUUGUUUUACUUAUGAAAAUCAGUAAAAAUCAAUAUUAAGAAAGAUUGAUGUAAGUAGAUUUGUUUGAAUCAUAAUAAUUGGGAAUUUUGAGAUUAAACUAGAAUGAAUAAAUUUAAAUUUACAAAUUCCCAUCCUGGAUAAAGAUAGAUAGCAGUAUUGAUAGUAUACAUACUUAUUAAAAUUAGACAAUUCUAAAUAUGAUUCAUUUAAUUUAGCUGAAUUUAAAAACCCUUGA